CUCAAGCAUCCAUAUCCAAAACCCCGGCCCCCGGCUCUGAAGCAACAGCCGGCGAGAUGCAGAUCUUCGUGAAGACGCUGACAGGGAAGACGAUCACACUGGAGGUCGAGAGCAGGGACACGUUGGACAACGUCAAGAGUAAGAUCCAGGACAAAGAAGGUAUCUCGCCGGAGCAGCAGCGCCUCAUCUUUGCCGGGAAGCAGCUGGAGGACGGCCGCACCCUGGCCGACUACAACAUCCAGAAGGAGUCCACGCUCCACCUGGUUCUGCUCCUGCGUGGCGGCCGCGCCGGCGAGAUGCAGAUCUUCGUGAAGACGCUGACAGGGAAGACGAUCACACUGGAGGUCGAGAGCAGGGACACGUUGGACAACGUCAAGAGUAAGAUCCAGGACAAAGAAGGUAUCUCGCCGGAGCAGCAGCGCCUCAUCUUUGCCGGGAAGCAGCUGGAGGACGGCCGCACCCUGGCCGACUACAACAUCCAGAAGGAGUCCACGCUCCACCUGGUUCUGCUCCUGCGUGGCGGCCGCGGUGGGAACGGCUGCUACCCCCGUAGCGUUGAUCUCAAUCUUCGGAACCUGGCGCUGCAGCACAACGAGAAGAAGAUGAUCUGCCGCAAGGCUACAAACUGCCGGAAGAAGAAGUGUGGCCACAGCAAUCAGGUGAGGGAAAAAAGGCGUACGCUUAGUGUAAUCCAAAAUAUAUAAACUGGAUGAGUUUCUUCAUGGUCUUUUGAAUCUUGAGUCUAUUCACUAACAUACUGUGUGCAGUUUGCCACUUUUGUACACCAUUUACUUUUGCCAUUUGUAGACUGGCCUUUUCUUCCGCUUGUGCUUUGGUUAUGAAUUACUUUAGGUAAAACAAUCAACUGACAUAAAUUAAGAAUUGAGUUAAGCCAAGAUGCCAGUUAUCUUAAGCAACUAGAAUGCCUCUUUCCAACUGGUGCUGUAGUUUCAGUGGUGCACAAAAACAUGGAUUUGUCCAGAUAAUGAGAUAGAAGUAUAUGCUGUAGCAAUCACUCCUAUAAGUACAAGUUUUUUCACGGCCUGUCUGAAUUAUUGGGCUUUUAUACUUGUAUACUUGUAUAGAUCUCAUUUUUCUAAUAUAUAGUUACUCUGUGUUCCUCUCU